AAUGAUACUGCGAAAAUGUCAUGCUCCGAGGGUCCAUCUGCAAACUCGUUUUUGGUUGACUCUCUGAUCAGCGGCAGAACUGAAGGAAAUGCGCACUAUUAUUACAGCGGUGGCACCUACUUGCCAUCAAGCUCCGACUAUUCUUACGGACUGUCUAACUGUGGCUAUUUUCCGGGACUAAAACGGACCGAGAACCACAGUAUGGCACCAAUACCAGGUCCAUAUAUGCAAGGAAUGGAGACGUGGUUGGAGACCUCGAAGUCGUGUCGCACAGAGCAGCUAAGCAGUCAGAUCGAUUCCAGGUCGUUUUCCCCCAGCAUUAAAGAAGAAAGCUCGUACUGCUUCUACGAGUCGGGGAAGUGUCCAAAAGGCACAUUGGCUGAGGACGCAUCUUACACCCGGGUGACGCCGAACGCAUGUCCAACAGGGAACAACGGAAGCGUUAAUGUGCCUGGGUACUCUCGUCUAUCUCAAACGUGUUCGUCGUCCAAAGGUUAUUAUCAAAACGAGUCCGGAACAGCCGAUUUUGCUCGCUUUGACGGUUCGAGUUUGGCCCUUCCUGCGGUACCGAACCGGACCGAGAGCGAAGAAACGACUGGCCUGACCGAGGAGGAAAGUAAGAGAUCACCGAGCGGCCCUGCUUCAUCCCCACAACCAGAAAGCGAAGCUGAGAGCCCGGAAAAAGCGAACAAAGAAAAAGAAUGCAAAAGUGAGAACACGGUCAACUGGUUAACGGCAAAGAGCGGACGGAAGAAACGCUGCCCGUACACCAAGCACCAGACUUUGGAGCUGGAGAAAGAAUUUCUCUUUAACAUGUACCUGACCAGAGAAAGGCGUCUGGAGAUCAGCCGCAGUGUUCAUCUAACGGACAGACAAGUUAAGAUCUGGUUUCAAAACCGGCGUAUGAAGCUGAAGAAAAUGACUCGAGAGAACCGCAUUCGUGAGUUGUCUACAAACUUCAGUUUUGCCUGA